AUGAGCGGCUCUGCACUGGGCAGUAACCCAAUUGCGAAGAGGGAGGACGAACAGGAGUCCAAGGGGGCUUCAACUUCAAAACUCUUCAGUGAUCUGAUCGAAUCUUCUGGGACUCUACCCACAACGUCAUCUGAAUUGGGAUCUAUUCAACUCUCAAUCAAUGAGAUCAACAGACGUACCAAAGAAAUGAGGGCACACACCCACGUUGCUGCGAACCGUGAUCACACGAAGGCGCAUUACUUGUUGGCUGGUAGUGGACUGGCAUUUGAUGAUGUCGACACUUCGUUGCAGAAUCUACAACGCGUCGGACAGAAUGGCAGCUCUUUGGGUGGGGCACGUGAAAGAGACGGGAAAGCCUCGGCUUCUACUACGGAGAUUGAUAGUUAUUUGAAAUUGAAGAAGGACGAAAACAUUUUGACCUCCAUUGAGUUAGUGUUAUCGAAUGCUGCUAAAGAUUUCGACACUUUUGUCACAUCUAAUUUGAACCUAGACUGGGAACAGAGGAAGAAAGUUGUGAGAGAAAACUUCGGUAUACUUAUCAACCAGAACUCGAAGGGGGAACUUCAGAAUCACACGUCCUCGGUUGAUGCUCAACCGCCCUCCCUCAAAAAAUUGUGGAAUGCCAAUGGCUCUCUCAAAAAUAAUACCACCCCCAACAACAUUGCCCGGAUUCUAAGCGAUGAUGAUAACUUACCUAAAUUUAACGUCAACGAACAUCACAUGGUCAGAGCGAAGUUUGAGGGAUACGGAGAAGUUAUUCACAGGUUCAACAACGCAAGACAGGCACGCGCCAAAUUUCCAUUACACCAGGAAUUUAUCCGUCUGUUGAAUAGUUCUGGCGAUAAUAAAAACAUUCAAUUGCUUCAAAGCUGGAGGAUUUUAGAAAUUGCCGACAAGAGUAAAAUGAAGAACACUAACGCUGAGAUUAUCAACAACUCGAAGCACACUUUACAGUCUCAAUUUCUGGAACUCGUCGCUUCCAUGUAUGAAAAGAAAAUGGAUGAGGGAUUACCAACUAAUAUCAAUAAGAUGAAGUCAUUUAUUGAUUCAACUUUGAAGAACCUUGCUGACAAUACCUGGAAGAUCGCCAACCUAACUAUAGUUAACAAUGUGCCAGUUUGGGCGCUUAUUUUCUACCUACUGAGGGCAGGGUUGAACGAGGAAGCGUUGGAAGUCGCUGUUAGCAACAAGUCGAGCUUCAAGAAGGUCGAACAGUCCUUUUUGGGUUACUUCAAGGCUUACAUCCAAUCCAAAGACAAUAAGUUGCCUGUGGAAUUCUCGACCAGGCUGCAUACAGAAUACAACCAACACAUUAAAAACUCGCUCAACGGAGAUCCCUUUAGAAUGGCUGUUUACAAAAUUAUUGGUAGGUGCGAUUUGACAAGGAAGAAUAUUUCUGCUGUCACUCUAUACAUGGAAGACUGGCUAUGGAUGCACUUCAUGCUUAUUAAGGAGGAGUGUGUGGACCCCAAUGACCCGGUUUAUGAAAGAUACACACUAGAGGAUUUCCAAAGCAUUAUCUUGUCCCAUGGACCCUCCAAAUUCAAAAACUCUUAUCUACAAAUUUUGAUUCUGAGUGGGUUAUUUGAGUUGGCAGUUGAAUACGCAUAUUCAAUCAAUGAAAUAGACGCUGUACACUUGGCCAUCGAGCUGGCAAACCAGAAACUACUGAGAAUAAGUACCGACCAACCAAGCGUAAAUCCAUCCACGGGCGAACGAUUUAAAUUCGUGAGUAUCAACGCUGAAACGAACGCUACGCAGCUCAAUUAUGCGAAGGUCAUUGCGUCUUACACAAGAUCGUUCAAGUUUUCCGAUCCAAGGAUUGCUACCGAAUAUUUGAUUUUGAUCGGAUUAGUGGAGACUCCAACAGAGAUUGAAUUAUGCCACGAAGCUUUGAGAGAGCUAGUCUUGGAAACCAAAGAGUUCAGUAUACUGUUGGGUAAAAUUAACAGAGACGGGUCGAGAAUCCCCGGGGUCAUUGAAGAGAGACAACCGUUACUCCAUCUGAAUAACGAGAAGGAGUAUCUUAGAACGAUUACUGAACAAGCUGCUCACAGGGCUGAAGAGGAUGGCAGAAUAUAUGAUAGCUUGCUGCUGUAUCAACUAUCAGAGGAGUACGACAUUGUUAUCACGCUGAUCAACGGGCUAUUGAGUGACGUUUUGAGCAACUCUGAUCUGUCUGAGAACUUAUUCUGGAACGACGACACAAGCGAGUCGAAUCCAAUCUUGCUAGCUGAGAGGUUGAUCGACAUUUAUUUGGGCAACGUCGAAAUCUCACAACUGAUUUCCAACAAGAACCAAGAGACGUGUUUGCUGCUUUUGCAGCUUGUGAAGAUCAGGAAACUGUUUAUCUCGCAGCAAUGGCAGAUCACAUUACAGGAGCUUGCCUCUUUAGAGCUGUUGCCACUCAAAGACGAUGCCUCUAUCAGAAAGAGGGCUGAAGAUUUCAACUCUUUGAACCCCAAUGUGAUAAAAUGCGUGCCCAACUUGCUUGUGAUGAGCAUGACCAGUAUUUCUAAAGAGAUUCGGUUGCUGCGCAGCAGUGUUUAUCAGACAACAGUGAAGGACCAACAGAUAUCAGCUCUCAAGACAGUUGCCAAAAACCUGAUGGUAUAUGCCGGUAUGAUUCAAUACAAGAUGCCGAGGGAAACGUAUAGCACUCUUAUUGCGCUCGACGUCGCACUAUAA